ACUGGUAACUGUAGGAAAACUUGAACCAUGCCGACGACCACGGUGCCUGAGAUCCAGGUCGUGAACGGGGUGGGGGAGGGGGAGCACGGCGGCCCCGCCCCGCCCGAGGGGGACGGUCCGCCCGGAGAACCCUUCAAGACCACGCCUGUUAUCCGGGGGCAGCUGAUGGGCUACCCUGUCCAGUACUGGUCACCAAAGACUGCCCAAGAGGAGCUGGACGAGACCGAGGCGGCGAUAGAAGCUGAGCUGCUUGUAGAUGGAGGUGAUGAGGAUGACAUCAUCCUGUUGCUGGAGAGACAGUGCGUCGGGGCGAGUCUGGACCACCUGGUGCCGGAGGACCUGUCCCGCCCUGACGUCACCCUGCGCGUGCCCAAGGGCCAGCGGCGCCCGAAGCACAUGGGGCGGCCGUCCUCCCUGCACAUCACCCCCGGCUACCUCAGCACGCCCGUGGGGGAGGGCGAGGCGCUGGAGGGCGCGGUGGGGGAGGACCGGUCCGCCUCCCUACCUCCGAGCACUAAGGCAGGGCUGAAGGAAAGGUUUCUUGGCAAAAGAAAAAGAAAAAUCCCGUGGUGGUUAGUCUGGCUGGUCAGGAAACGGCGAAAGGCAGCCAAGAAGGGCAAAGCGGAAGGCGAAGAGGAAGAGCCAAAAGUCCAGGGGUCAACGUCCCCGGUCUUCUACCCAGAGGGUUCAGGGCAAGCUAGGUUAGCGACCCCGGAACAGUUCCCGGAUGGAGCAGACGUCAAACCACAUGCAGAAGCGAAACUCAAGGCUAAGGUAGAAGCGCCCGAUCUUCACAUAGCUGCUGGUGUACAACCGACAAAGAUUCCGCUAAGCAAAGGUAGGUCCUUAGACACUACAUUAUCUCCAGGAAAAGUAUCUCCCGAGCUGCCGCCUCUAGACCGGAUGGUAUCUGUACCAACAGGCAAAGCCGACAUUGAACUCUCGCCGCUCAAAAGAUCUCACGAGACCCCGGACCUGGCGGGGGCCGCCGCCGGCGAUAUCCAGGUCCAGCCGCCGAGUGAUGACGCCAUUAGAAAAGAUGCUGCAGAACUUCAGACCGACCUUCCUGACGAUCAGGAAGUACAGCAAGUCGACUCGCCCGACACAAAUAUGGGACUGAAAAUUGGAUUCCCACAAAUUCACAUCAAGGGCCCAAGAUUUAGCUUUGGCACAAAGAAGCCGAAAGCGGAAGCCAAAGCUAAAGCAAAGGCGGAAGCAACGCCUUUGGAAUUAGAUGUAAGAGGGCCCACCGUGGAAGGUGAACUUCCGUCUGCAAAGGGAGACGUAGAAGUAGACGGGGAAAUCCCCGACGACCGCCCUACAUGGCAAAUAUCUGGUCCUAAAAUACAAAUGCCAAAAUUACGGGUCAAGGGGAAGGGCAAAGCAGAAGGCAAGAUUAAACCCCGCCCCCCAAGUUUGGAGUUUCCUGAUAGGCCAAUUCCAUACGCGGAUGGAGAAAUGGAAGUUGACCUACCCGAAACUGACGACUUGACACCUCCGCACGGCGGGGUGACAGUUGAAGGAGACAUCAGACCGCCCACUGUUAGAGCAGAUGUAGACGGGACGUUACCCGAAGUCAAUGGGGAGGGCCGAGUUGUAGUUCAGCCGCCCGGGUUCGAAGGGCCUGACGUCCAACCCGAGGAUGUGCACAUAGAAGGGAAACCAUGGCAGCUUCCGGACUUUGACUUAAAAGGUCCCAAAAUCAGGAUGCCGGAGGUACGUCUGAAGGGCCCGCAGAGUAAAAGACCAAGAGUUGAAGGAGACGUCGAUACACCGGAAGGCAGACUGCCUGGCCCGGAAGCGGAAGUACAAGUCGGACCUCCUGACCUUGAGGGACCCGGCAUCUCUGGGGACGUAGAAGGCCCAGGUGUGGAGGGAAAGGUGAAGCCCCCAAAGGGGCCUUUCUGGGAACCUCCUGAAUUCGGGCUAAAAGGACCCAAAUUAAAGAUGCCAGAGAUCCACAUUAAGGGACCAAAGCUGAAGGGAAAGGGCCCGAAGGUGGAGGGUGACCUUGGCGCCCCUGACGCGGACGUACAGCCACCGAGAGGCCGGCUACCCCCCGCGGAGGCGGAGGUGGAGGUCAGACCGCCCGGCCCGGACGGUACCAUCUCAGGUGACCUGGAGGGGCCUGAAGUGAGAGGCAAGACGCCGAAAGGACAAUGGGACCUACCUGAAUUCGAUCUAAAAGGUCCAAAGAUCAGGAUGCCAGAAAUGCACAUCAAAGGACCAAAAGUAAAGGGAAAAUCACCUAAAGGCAAGGCAGAAGGCCCCGAUAUGGAAGGCGACCUCCCAUCAGCCGAGGGGGCAGGGCCGCACGCUGAACUACCGUCAGGGGACGGUGACAUAGACGGCAGAAAACCUACGGCUGGUUUUAAAAUGCCCGAUUGGGAACUCAAAGGACCGAAAGUACGAUUACCUGACUGGGACUUGAAAGGUCCGAAGGUCAGGGGUAAAGGGCCAAAGGUCGAGGGAGAAGUCGAUCUUGAAGGUCCCGAAGGAGAACUGCCGCCAGCCGAGGGUGAAGUUGAAAUCAGACCACCUGCUGGAGAGGGACCUAAUGGCGAAAUUCCAGGUGACCUUCAAGCCCCAGAAGGUAAGGUCAAACAUCCCAAAGGACCAUCUUGGGAUCUGCCCGACUGGGAAUUGAAAGGCCCCAAAAUCAAAAUGCCUGAAAUCAAUCUAAAGGGUCCGAAAAUCAAAGGCAAGAAACCCAAGGUAGAAGGCGAACUGGAAGGUCCGGAAAUAGAAGGCGAACUACCAUCUGGUAAAAUCGAAGGGGAAGUGGAACCACCAACCGGCGAAGUUGACAUCGACGGCAAGAAGCCAAAAGGCGGCUUUGACCUGCCCGACUGGGAACUGAAAGGACCAAAAAUCAAAUUGCCUGACUGGGACUUGAAGGGCCCGAAGUUCAAGGGCAAAGGACCUAAAGGAAAGGGAGAGGCUGACUUCGAAGGUCCCAAAGGAGAACUGCCGCCUGCCGAAGGCGAAGUUGAAAUCAGACCACCUGGCGUUGACGGGCCAAACGGAACUAUAUCUGGUGACAUCGAAGGGCCGGAAGGUAAAGUCAAAGGCCCAUCCUGGGAACUUCCGGAUUGGGAACUGAAAGGACCUAAGAUUAAAAUGCCCGAAAUUCAUCUUAAAGGUCCUAAAUUCAGAGGCAAGAAACCUAAAGUUGAAGGUGACCUUGAGGCAGACUUCGAAGGCCCCGAAAUCGAAGGCGAAAUUCCACGCGGCAAAGUUGACAUCGAAGGCCCAGACGUGGAAGUUCCUUCAGGUAAAGUUGACAUCGAUGUAGAAGGUCCUGAGGGCGAGCUCGACAUCGACGGUAAGAAGCCCAAGGGUGGUUUCAAAUUACCCGACUGGGAGUUGAAGGGACCCAAGGUCAAGCUACCAGACUGGGAGCUGAAAGGUCCUAAGUUUGGCGGCAAAGGGCCAAAGGUCGAGGGAGAAAUUGAUCUUGAAGGUCCCGAAGGAGAACUGCCGCCAGCCGAGGGUGAGGUUGAGAUCAGACCACCUGGCGUUGAAGGUCCGGACGGGAAAAUAUCUGGUGAGAUCGAAGGGCCGGAAGGCAAAGUCAAAGGCCCAUCCUGGGAGCUUCCGGACUGGGAACUGAAAGGACCGAAAAUCAAGAUGCCCGAAAUUCAUCUGAAGGGCCCGAAAUUCAAGGGCAAGAAGCCCAAGGUUUCCGGAGAAGUCGAUGUGGAGGGCCCAGAAUUCGAAGGCGAGCUUCCGUCUGGAAAAGUUGAAGGCCCCGACGUAGAUGUUGAUGUUCCCAAAGGAGAGAUCGAAGGCGAACUUCCAUCUGGAAAGAUCAAGGGCAAGGGUGACCGUAAGUCCUGGGGUCUGCCCGACAUCGACAUCAGAGGUCCCAAAGUGAAAUUCCCCUCUUUGGGUCGCAAGAAGGGCAAAGGCAAAAUCGAAGGAGAGAUCGAGGGCGAGCUUCCCCAUGGUGAAGUAGACAUCGAAGGACCAGACGUUGAGCCUCCUUCCCGGUAAAGUUGAAAUUGAGGG